AUGAUCCAAUUUCUUCCCAAUGAGUUGCAAAUUAAAAUUUUAACGAAUGUUGUUGCUAAAACAGAUUUCGAGUUUUUUUGUACACUUCGGACUGUUUGUAAAAAAUGGAACACAUUCGUUCCUCUAGUAAUACAAGAAGUCGUUGCUUCCAGAUUAAACUCUGGUUUAAAAUUUGAGUUAACGGACUGGAACGAAACCAAGUGGUCAAGAGAAUUGCUGCCAUCAUAUGACGAUCAAACUAAGACUUUUACUUUUCUAUUUAAUAAUGCUAAUUACAGCAGUAAAUCCUUUUAUUAUAUAGAACAGGAUGGUUAUAAAAAUAAAUCUCUUUAUUAUAGAAGAUUUGGUAAACAUAAAAAUAAGAUUGAUUUUAUAGCAUUCGUAGAAAAGACCGAGAAUUUAUUUAUUCCAAUUAAACUUGGAGCUGAAUUUGGUAGUUUAAUAUGGCCUGAAUUUGUAGACAGUGAUAUGUAUAAAUAUGAAUUCGAUCAUCAAAAUAACGUGUGUUUCAAACGGGAUAUUGAUAAAAACGUUACUUAUGUGAAGCUUUAUAGUUUUACUAUUGCGGCUUGGAAACUUUAUUAUAUUUUGGAUUGUCUUCAAGUUAAUAGUAAACUUACGAGAUUGAGAAAUGGAUUUCAAUAUUUUGAAGAGAAUCAGCCCCUUAGGCAAUCUUU